UAUUUCUAUCAUAUAUCAAUCGUUGGCAUUGACUGGUGCCAGUGUUUCUAUAGUAAAGUAUAUCAGUUACGUUGUUUUGCAUUUUGUCUCGUAGACGUGUUUAAGCACCACCAUGACAGCUUUAAAAGCAAUUUGUAUUUUGCUGGUUUUCUGCUGUCAUAACUGCUAUGGAAUGUUUGAAGAGUUGCAAGCUUCUCUGCUAUCAGCCCUUGCAUACAGCGAUAAUUUGGGGAGAGACGGUAUUUCCGCUUCCGAUGGCUUCCUAACAGCGGGUAUUGAAGAUACUGCACUAAAUGCUGAAGCCAAAACGACAGAAUUCGAAGAUAAUGGCGGCAGAUCGACAAGUUCAAGCCAGUCAAAUGAAAGAAUGGAUAUUACCGUUAAAAUGCCUCAUGUAACUGUACCAAAGGACGAUACCUAUUUCUGCACGAAAAAGUUGAUUCCGACGGGCAAUUACUCGACACUUUACAUUACUGGAUACACACCGCACGCAACCCAAAGCGUCGCCCAUCAUAUGCUGCUGUAUGCUUGCGAAAUACCAGGCGAGGAAAAUGUACAAACUUGGUACUGCGACGGUAUGGCGGCUUCUUCCAGCACCUCCGGUAGCCUACCCCAUGGUAGCACCUGCAACAGUGCCGCAACACUCGUAUGGGCUUGGGCCAAGGAUGCUCCAGCUUUCAAACUCCCUAAAGGGGUUGGUUUUCCCGUUGGUCCGAGCACAAAGCUGAGAUACUUAGUGCUUCAAGUUCAUGUCAAAUCGAUGGCAAAAGCUAACGCUGGCGGUAUGGAGAACGUAUGGGUUACAGCGCAUUCAACACCUGUUCCUCAACCAAAAAUAGCAGGAAUUUACAUUUCAGCAUCAUCUUAUGAAACUAUAAAACCAAACAAAACUAGAAACUGGGAUAUCGUUUGCAAAUACAAAGAUGACAUUGAAAUGCAUCCAUUCGCCUUCCGAACACAUGCGCACAAGUUAGGAGUUGAAGUUAUGGGAUAUCGAGUUAGGAAUGAAAAAUGGAGUCUGAUAGGACACAAGAACCCACAAUUACCUGAAGCAUUUUAUAAAGUAAAGAAUACACACUUGGUGAUAAAGAAGGGGGAUUGGCUGGCUUCAAGGUGCGUGAUGCACAACUUUCGGAACCGCGUCACAAUGACAGGGAGUAAACAUACAGACGAAAUGUGUAAUUUCUAUAUAAUGUAUUGGACACCGCGCACAAAGAACACACAAUCGUUGGCAACAAAGGAAUGCAACAACGGAUACCCUUGGGUGCAUUGGCGAAACUACUUCACUACUUUGCCCAAGUUGCCAAAAUAUUAACUCGUUAUUGAGUUUAAAAAUCCCAAAUUAAUACAUAGCUCUGUGGGGUGAGAUGGGACAACUUUAUAGCACAUAAUAUCCGAAUAUCCUGAUCACGUUUUAAACAAUUAACAACAGUUUAUGGGAGACGUUAGGAUAUGGUUUAUAAUUCUUUCUUUACUAACCAAUGGGACAGAAAAAUAAAAUAGUGUCCCAUUUUCCCCCAACUUGCUAUACAGUCUACGAUGCCGGUUUCGAUAUAAUUUCAGUGUUUUCAAACCUUGUAGCACAUUUUGAAAUCUUAGGAAUUGAAAACAGGUUAUAAUGUAUAGUAUCAGUUGCAAAGUUCUCAUUUUCCCGAUAUUUACUCAGAGAUAGCAAAACGUCGUACAGAGCAUAUUUGUGGUACUCUACUGUUUUUAAAUAAACGCCCUGCUGUCUAAAUACUGUCACUGUAAAGAUAAUAAUAUAACUUCAGUGUUUUCAAACCGUGUUGCAUAUUUCUUUGCGUGAUCAAUAUUCCGGUGUGUAGAAAAAGAAAUCACCCACUAAGUUACAUAUGUGAUAACUUGCAAGCGCGCACAAAAAUUAUGCAUCGAAACAUCCGUGUUAUAACUUCGUUAAUCAUGCGAGGCUAAAAUACAUUUACAAUUGUGCAAACUA